UGUAGGUGCUGACGAGGACUCGAGCGGUCGAGCCGAGCAGCGACGCGGGGCGGGGUCACGGGGCUCUCUACGCGGCCGGCCGGGAUCCAAUCAACCGCGUCGUCGUCGUCGUCUUCUUCUUCGUCGUCGCGGUCGCCGCCUCCAGGGGCACGAGACGACCAUAGCACGGCUGCAGAAUAUUCCACGUCCGUUCCCCCUUUCCUCGUCCUCUCCCUCGUCAUCCCCCUUAGCCCAGCCUGCAGCAAUAGAAAAUCCAUCAAAUCGAUCCUCGUCUCCGCCCGCUUUAUUCCGAGAUCGGACAACGCGGGGCGGCGGCGACCAACCCACCGGCGGCCCUCCACCCCCCCCCCCCCCCCCCCCCGGACUCGGGGUUUCCUUUGCGCCAAAAUCUCGCUCCUCCGAUCUCAGGCCUCCAGGGGGCCUUUCAUUAGCGGUGCGUGUUAGUUUGUUGAUUCAAAGUUCACAAUGGGAGGCUGUGUGGGCAAGGAUCGUGGUAUUGUGGAAGAUAAGCUUGAUUACAAAGGAGGGAACGUGCAUAACAUAACAACCAAAGAGGAGUGGGACCAGAAGAUCGAGGAAGCAAAUAAGGAUGGGAAAAUUGUUGUGGCGAAUUUCAGUGCUUCUUGGUGUGGCCCAUGUCGUGUCAUUGCGCCUGUUUAUGGCGACAUGUCAAAGGCUUAUCCUCAACUCAUGUUCUUGACAAUUGACGUUGAUGACCUAAUGGAUUUCAGCUCAACAUGGGACAUCCGUGCAACCCCGACGUUCUUCUUCCUCAAGAACGGGCAGCAGAUCGACAAGCUCGUCGGUGCAAACAGACCUGAGCUUGAGAAGAAAGUGCAAGCUCUUGCCGAGGGCAGUUAAACCGUGCGACAGAACUAGAACCGAGCGAGCUUGGCAUGGCCCAUCCGUGUCGUGUGUGUUUGUGUGUGCGGCCAUGUUUGUGUGUCUUGUGUGCUGCAUGAUAGUUUCUCGGUGUACAGUUUCCGUGCUUUUUUUGAGACGAUGCUUUACAAUGUUGUGCCACACGUAGGCAUGUUCUGAACUUUUAAGAUGAAACUGUGCUGUGCUGGAUUCAGAUAUGUAACAUACUAGUUUUGUGGGAUUUUCAUAUGCCUAAAGAUGGCCUCUCCAGGGUGAGGGUAGGCCUCCCACUAAA